AUGAGCGCGAAAAGUUGUUAUUUUUUGAAGAAUCAACGACAACAACAACAACAACAACAACAAAUCAGACGACGCCAACGACGGGUAAAAUUCGUUCCUCACGCCGCCGGCAAGAAUGCAUCGUCUUCAACGAACAAAAACGAGAAAGGAGAGGACCUUUCAGGACCAGAAAUCUCCGAAGAAGAAGCGAAAUCGAAAAACCAACUCUUCGGCCAAGAAGUUUUAAACGUGGACGAACUCGACGAGGAGGUGAAAUCUCUCGCCGUGUCCAGCGAAGAGACGCAAGUGCUCAAUCGAGAGCACCACAUCGAAGGGUUCGUGGCGAUAUCGGACAGCGGAAGGUCGGGCGCGAGGAAAGUUUUAUUGACGCACCCAUCCGGAGCGACGUGCGAGAUUUACACGAAAGGUGCGUCGGUCGCGUCGUGGACGUUACCGAACGGAGGGGAAGUUUUGUUCACGCCAGACUUUUCAGACUUUAAGAACGAAGCGCCGAGAGACGCCGGGUUGAGCUAUAACUUCCCGCACUGGGACGGGUUCGAUUUGCAUUCGAUGAAGAAAAAAGGAGAAGAAGAAAACGAAGAAGAAGAAAACAAAGGAGAUGCAAACGAAAUCGACUCGAAAGAAGAUUUUAACAUUCGACAGAUGAACUUUGAUAUUUUGGAUACCGGGAUAAGAGAGUUGUGGAAUCCGGAAGACAACACGUACACGGCGAACCCGUACGUGACGAUUUAUACGACGGACGACGACCAAUCGAGGAAGAAGUGGAACGACAACGCGUUUCAAGUCACUCUUACUUUUACUCUCGAGUUUGACGCGUUGAAUAUAUCUCACUCGGUUGAGAACAAGAAUAAUAACAUAGAUAAUGGAGAGAGCAGCAGCACUAGUAGCAACAACAACAACAACGUAGACGAAUCAUCAUCAAAUCUCGAUUUCGAGUACGCGAGCGGGUAUCGAGGCCACGUGAGAGUGGCAGAUUUAACCGCGGUUCCACCGCGAGCGUAUUAUUUAGGCUUAGACGAUUGCGUGUAUUUCGACAUGACCGACACCGAGAAAACUGGAGGAGAUCCGCAGGUUAAGUUUACAAAAGAUUUGGACGAGUACGACGAAAAGUGUUUCACUCUGAAAGAGAAAACGGAAAGAGUGUACGCCAACGUGAAGAGAGACUCGACGAUGUUGGAAAUAGGAACGGGCUCAUCCAUCGUCAUCGAAGAUUACGAUAGAUUUGCCAUUGGAUACGACUUUCCGGACGAAGAAACUGCGAUGAAGCAAACGGGAAACUGGCACGAUCGCGCGGUAUUUUCGUACUGGAAAAGUAAAGAGAAGAAGAACGACGAGUCGUACCGAUGGUUCUCCGGUCUCGGGUUUGGGAACAUCACAAAGUUGGUCAAAUUAAAAGCUGGGCAAACGCAAACGCACACGGCGCGAUUAGUCGUUCGGGAUGCAACGUUGUCUGAAAACAUCAUCAAAGAGCGGGACGCAAAACGAUCGUACGAAGCAGUGGAGAGAGAAUUUUCCAAGAGAGAAGGUUACAACAUGGAAGGCUCGGAGCUACCGCAAGACUUUCAAUAA